AUGGAAAGACGGGCCGACUCUAGGUGCAUCUGGGCGCCCAGAUGUUUGCGCUGUUCCCGCUGCGCUAAAGACGCACAGAGAGGCGGGACUUCCCUGGCUUAUCACCGCGAGCAGAGCAGCGGUAGCCUCCUGCGGGAUCAGAUACCAGGGGACGCUGCACCAUCUUCACCGUGCACUAUGGGGCUGGCCUGCGUUCCUCUCUGGUGCAUCCCUGUGCUGCUGCUGCCCCUGGCCUCCGCCGUACGCCUGCCUACCCCAGAACCAACUCAGGGACCCAAACCCAAACUCCUGCUGGUCUCCUUCGACGGCUUCCGCUGGGACUACAUCGACCGCGUGCCCACCCCCAACUUCCACGCGCUCAUGAGGGAAGGCGUCCAGGUCGACCAAGUGGAGAACAUCUACAUCACCAAAACGUUUCCGAACCACUACAGCCUCGUGACUGGCUUGUACGCCGAAUCCCAUGGAAUUGUCGCCAACGAAAUGUACGACCCAGCGCUGAACCUGUCCUUCUCCAUGGAGACGGACAGCGUGUACGAUCCGAGGUGGUGGGAUGACGCGGUUCCUCUUUGGGUGAGCGUCCAGAAAGCUGGGGGUAGAAGCGGCGCAGCCAUGUGGCCAGGGUCGGACGUGAAGAUCCGUGGCGCGUAUCCGAGUCGAUACCUUCCCUACAACGCCUCGGUCCCCUUUGAGACCAGAGUACAGACGGUCAUCAAGUGGUUCUCAGGCCCUGAUGAAGAAGCGGUGGAUUUUGCGGUGCUGUAUUGGGAAGAACCGGACGAAAGCGGGCAUGUCCUGGGCCCGGAGAGUCCGCUCAUGGAUAGAAUAAUCGCAGAUAUCGACACAAAGUUAGGAUUUCUGAGGAAUGAGCUGAAAAGAGCCGGUUUGUACGAGAGUUUGAAUCUGAUCGUGACCAGCGACCACGGCAUGAUGCAGCUGUCCAACGAGAAGAUCAUAGAGCUGGAUGAAUACGUCGGCAGAGACUUGUACACGUGGGUCGACAAGAGUCCUGUGGUUGGAAUCAUCCCAGCGGAAGGAAAGUUUGAAGAAGUUUACAGCAAACUCUUGGACGCAAACCCGUACAUGGCUGUGUACAAGAAGGCCGACAUCCCGGAACACUACCACUACCAGCACCACCUCAGGAUAAUGCCCAUGCUGCUGGAGGCGCAGGAGGGAUGGAGCAUUGUGCAGAACAGAACGGCUCCCUUCAUGCUUGGUAACCACGGCUACAACAACUCCUUACGCAGCAUGCACCCAGUGUUCGUGGCCCGCGGUCCCGCUUUCCGCCAGGAUUUUGUCCAGCCUUCCAUGCAGUCGGUGGACCUGUACCCUCUCAUGUGCCACAUCCUCUCCCUGCCGCCGUCACCCAACAACGGCUCUCUGUCGCGGGUCCGAGAUCUCCUGUCCAACGCCCCUCCACCCCCAGCACCCAGCCCCCCACACCGCAUUCCCCAGUACUCCUACGCGCCCGUCGUUGGCUCCAUGAUCAGCAUCGUCAUGGUGGUGGGCUUUCUCAUCUUCUACAUCAAGGAGGUCACGGUGAAGCAGUUGCCAGCUCUCCCCCGGGGAAGCAAAGAGAUGUCCCAGCCUCUUCUGCAGGAGGACGUGAAUCUGAACUUUCUGGACGUGCACUGGGACCGGCGUGUCAGCGUGAGGCAUAUAUAA